AUGUCACCAAGUCAGAUAUUGUUAAUUUCUGUAGUGCUCGGUGUGGCGUUGAGCACUCAAAGCGUGCUAGGUCAGACAAUCGACUGUCAACGACCACCCCAACUUGUGGAUCCAGCAUUGUGCUGCAGGGACGGUGGUCGGGACCAGGUUGCAGAGAAAUGCGCCCAGAGGAUUAUAGGAGGAGCAAAUGCACAGGCUAGGAAAGGCCUGCCAUCGCUGGAAACUGCCACAUGUCUGGCUGAGUGCAUCCUCACAACGUCACAGUACAUUCAGGAUCCACAGAAGCUCAACUUCGACAACAUCCGCAGUGAUCUCUCCAGAAAGUUUUCCAAUGACACUGCUUAUGUAGAGGCGAUGACAGCAGCGUUUACCAAAUGUGAGCCCCAAUCACAACGUCGGCUGGCAGCCAUCCAGCAAUCUCAGCAACAGCACAAAUGCAGUCCCUUUUCGGCGAUUGUUCUCGGUUGCACAUACAUGGAGUACUUUAAGAAUUGCCCCGAACAUCGGUGGACGCAGAAUGCGGAAUGCGCCUUAGCUAAGACUUAUGUUACUCAAUGUGGACUGGGGGCUUAG